CGGUAUUAAGUCAUACCUGCACUUGUUUAUUUAAAUUUGAAUGUUAUUACGUGCAGUAUUGGUAAACAACAUAGAUUGUUGAUCUUAGACCUAUAUUCUACAUCUACAUUUAUUUCUAAAGUCAACGUCGUUUAAAAGAGAAAUAAAUUAUGUCAUCCAGUUCAGGAGAAGAAGUUGAAGUGGAAGUAGAAAAUCAUGUGGAAGGUGCAGGACAUGGAAAGGGUUUCAACUGGCAUGGUGAAGAUAUCAGGAAUUUAGCAAGGCAGAUCGUAUCAAAAAUCUCUCCGGACGAGAGUAUUGCCCCAUUUGACUCAAUCGAUAUUAACUGGACCGACAUUGGCGAGGCGCUUGGAUUGGAAGGUGAAUUAUGUCGGAGAAAAUGGAGUGCUCUCUGCAAUUCAGUCCGGACUUACCGCACUCUACCAGAAAUAGCUGUGGAUAUUUUGUCCCAAAAUUCUGUAAGUAAUCCUAUUUGAGCCGUGUCAUGACAAAACCAAAAUAAUGGGUUUG